AUGUCAUCAGAGAUUUGUCUGAGGACAAAGAGCUCUAAUGGAAUGUUGGCAGUGUUCCAGUGUUCCCUGAGGUGAGUUCAACAAGUGUUCUGUUUGCAGCAAACAUGUUACUUAGUAAGAAUUUCAGUUGAACGAUUUGAAUGAACAUUCCAAAAUGUCACGGUUAAACAUCAAACAGAUCAUUUUUGUAAGGAUAACUGUGGCAGUUUAGCCACAAUAAUCUAACUGCAAAUGACUUUGCUAUUCCCACUACAUAUAAUAGCCACAUGAAUGGCCACAUUAUUAUUCCUAGCGACAGUUUUAGUGGUGAUCCUCCUGAAUGUUGGAUUAGUUUUUCCUCAAGGGCCUUUAUGGCCACUGGUUGCAGCUGGCCUGCUAGCCUACAUCAGUGACUAAUUUUGUUCAAAUCAAACUUAUUUAAUCAGUUGAAGAAUGACAGACAAAAGAUGUAAUGGGUCUGCGCUCAAAAGGAUGUCGCAUAAAGCUUAAUUCACUUUUAAUUAUUAUAAUUUAUUUUUUUACUGCAUCAAGGAUAGCGUACACAGACGUUUAGGCUUUGCAGCCUUCUUCAGUGUUUAGAGGGAACACAGGUAAGCAGCAGGUGUUUCUAAUCAGGGUGGUCACUCAUCUUCCAAUCAGGGAUGAGGCUUCUCUGGUCUACCUGUAUACACGUUACAGUCACAAAGAUAUACAGAGUUAUAGGGUAUGGGAGCGGGCACGAAGGGCAAUUGAGGGCAUCAGGCGUGAACCAUUCAGUUGAAGAAUGCUCACGUUUCUUACUGUGGAAAUCUCUGGCAGACAUGAGAGCAGGCUAGCAGAUAUGAUGACGCACCUCAAUGGCUGGAGACUGAAACAGUUGCAGUAGCCUAUGCGACUAUUGGCAAGGCUACCCAAUCUCAGAAAAGUUCACCCAGUCUCUCUAGGAAAUUGUGGGACUUCCCUACCGCAAAUAAUUAUAAUAAACUAUUAUACAAAUAAUUAGGUGGGUGCUUUUAUUUGUCCAGUUUCACACAUGUAAAGGUGUGUAUUAUACACGUACAUUGAGUGUACAAAACAUUAGGAACACCUGCUCUUUCCAUGACAGACUGACCAGGUGAAUCCAGGUGAAAGCUAUGAUCACUUAUUGAUGUCACUUUUUAAAUCCACUUCAAUCAGUGUAGAUGAAGGGAGGAGACAGGUUAAAGAAAGAUUUGUAAGCCUUGAGAUAAUUGAGACAUGGAUUGUGUAUGUGUGCCAUUCAGAGGGUGAAUGGGCAAGAUAAAAUAUUUAAAUGCCUUUUGAACAGGGUAUGGUAGUAGGUGCCAGGCGCACCGGUUUGAGUGUGUCAAGAACUGCCACGCUGCUAGGUUUUUAACGCUGAACAGUUUCCCGUGUGUAUCAAGAAUGGUCCACCACCCAAAGGACAUCCAGCCAACUUGACACAACAGUGAGAAGCAUUGGAGUCAACAUGGGCCAGCAUCCCUGUGGAACGCUUUCGACACCUUGUAGAGUCCAAGCCCUGUCGAAUUGAGGCUGUUCUGAGGGCAAAAGAGGGUGCAACUCAAUAUUUGGAACACUCAGUGUAUAGCACAGGGUCAAGGAGCUAAUUCUGUUCCUGUGACAGGUGUUGACUGGGAUGCUGUUCCGCUGCCGCAGACACUAAGUCCCUACAUAGUUAAUUGGUUAAUUUUUACCUACUUCACCAUGCGAACCUCAUGUGAGUGCCUCCCUCCAGACCACAGUUAAGUGGAGUCACUCACAUAUACAGUAACAAUACAGCACACUGGUGUCUGGUAGAGCUAUGCAUUUUGAAUGAAAUCCAACUGUUCCCAGGCUCUACUCAACAGACCAGCCGGUAAAUAAUUAAUAGAGGCUUUGUGGCCAAUGAGUAGGCAUAUUUAUAAAUCAGCCAUAACGCACAGUAAUAUUCAGACACAGGAUUAUUAUUUGUUUACAGUGCAACUGUUGUCUUUACUAAUUGGUCCGUUGAGUCAGGUGGUCAGUUGAUCAGUUGACCAAAAAGACACAGAGAGCCCAUAGCGCUCGGCUGAGGGGAGGGCAUGAGCAGGUUCAUUUGAAAAGGAUUCCCCUUUCAGGGUAGCGCCUUAUUGUGUCUCACUGUGGUUGGCUGAACACUAGCUGUAGGUAGCUGUCACUCAUAAGGUCUUACGGGGUGACCAGAUACUCCUGCUCGGGACAGAAUAAGAGAGGGAGAGAGAGAGACCAUAUUAGAGACACAUAUUUCCCUCAGAUUACACAGACCCACAAUAAACUUCCAUUCCUAUUGGGUGAAAUAUCACAGUGUGCCAUCACAGCAGCAAGAUUUGUGACCUGUUGCCACAAGAAAAGGGCAAUCAGUGAAGAACAAACACCAUUGAAAAUACAACCCAUAUUUAUUUCACUUUUGUUUAUUAUCUAUUUCACUUGCUUUGGCAAUGUAAACAUAUGUUUCCCAUUCCAAUAAAGCCCUUUGAAUUGAAUUGAUAGAAUGAGAGACAGCAGAUCCUUUCUUAUCCUCCAGCUCCUGAGGGCGGCCCCAAGCUGUGAGGCUGCAGCUUGGGAAGGAGGGAGGAGAAGGAGGGGGGUUGUGUGGUGAAGGAUGCGGGCGGGGGGCAAAGUGCACCAGCCUCUGAGUGGAUCAGGGGUUUGAGCAGUGACGUAUGUAACAGUUUUGCUUCCGUCCCUCUCCUCGCCCCUACCUGGGCUUGAACCAGGGACCCUCUGCACACAACGACAACAGUCACCCUCGAAGCACCGUUACCCGUCGCUCCACAAAAGCCGCGGCUCUUGCAGAGCAAGGGAAACAACUACUUCAAGGUCUCAGAGCGAGUGACGUCAGCGAUUGAAACGCUACUAGUGCGCACCGCUAACUAGCUAGCCAUUUCACACUGGUUACACCUACACUCUUAGAAAUAAAGGUGCUAACUGGUACCUAAAAUGGUUAUUUGGCUGUCUCCAUAGGAGAACCCUUUGAAGAACACUUUUUGGUUCCAGGUAGAACCAUUUUGAGUUCCAUUUAGAACCCGUUACACAGAGAGUUCUACAUAGAACCCAAAAGAGUUCUACCUGAAACCAAAAAGGGUUCUAUUUGGAACCAAAAAGGGUUAUCCUAUGGGGACAGCUAAAUAACCCUUUUGGAACCCUGGGUGUAGCCCUGGGAGAGAGGGCGAGGGCUGGGGUUAGUGAAGGAGAGGCAGGUGACUUGGUUUGGAAGGACCGUCCUUCUGUUCUUCUGCUGUAGAGCAGCCAGGGGAGGCUGUAAUAAGCUCCUUCCUUUAAUCCAAACUUCAGCCACAGAUCAAAAAGCCGAUUAUCCCCAAUGUCAGUGUAGUCCAAUGACAUGGGGACCGGUGGGAGUUGUUUGGAGCAAAUCUCUUAUUUUUCUUGAUGUCGUUUUUAAGCUGUUAAGCUCUUUUGGUGCAGUAUUUGUCUUUAGAGUAUAGUUCUAAAAGACUUGAAAUCUAGGGCUCAAAUGCUCAUACUUUACUGGGCUUUGUCGGAACACGUGCCACCAUGUUCUGACUGCUGUGUCACAAGAUGACCCUCUAAACAGCCUCAAACAAUCCCCAACAGUCCACCACCAACUGAAACAGUAAACUAGGAACACUGAAAACACCUCAGAAAACAGCCAGGAAAUUAGAACCAGCACUUUUGAGUAAUAUUAAAAAUGCAUUUACACUUGGCUUUCGUUUACCUUGUUUUUCGUUGCUUACCGCUGAUAACCAGACAGCCAAAUUGAAUAACUAGCCCCUCAGCGCUAACAUUGGACAAUGAUGUCUUUGUGACUGUGCAGACUGGGCGGUCCUACAUGACUGAGUGAGCUUAGCCUCUGGUGUAUUUUCCAAGGGGCUUCUGUAACUGAGUAAAUGUACACUAGUCCUGAUUAGUAGAAUAAGCUACUACUCUCUAGCUCUAUUUAACUCCCAGUCUGCCAUCAUGAAUAGUCUUGAGAUGAGAGGCCCUGGCUUGGGCUUGUCAGACUUGACCCAGGGAAUUAUACACAGGCACAAGAACACACAGACACACACGCUGACCCACACACAGGUCCAUCUGUUCCCAGGGGGAUUUGAAUCAGGGGACGAUCCCAGAUGUUGAUGAAUAUAUAAAUACACAGUAUUGUUGUUCUUCAACUAUCUAUCUAAACCUCUACACCUUUUGGCUGUCUGUGUUGGCUGACAGCGUUGAUCCCUAAGAGCUGUCUGUGGGUCUGUUUGUUCGCUUGUCUGUCUGCAUGGAGCUUUUCUUUCCCCUUCAACCUAAAUCUCUUUAUUGCUUUUUAUAGCAUCUUUGUUAUUAAUUAAUUAAUUAACUUAUUUAGCAGACGCUCUUAUCCAGAGCGACUUACAGGAGCAAUUAGGGUUAAGUGCCUUGCUCAAGGGCACAUCGACAGAUUUUUCACCUAGUCGGCUCGGGGAUUAGAACCAGCGACCUUUCGGUUACUGGCACAACGCUCUUACCCACUAAGCCACCUGCCGCCCGUUGUUGUUGGAUAUCAUAUGUCAUUGCCUUCAGCUGGUAGCCUACUAACAAAACAUUGUUUACUGUAGAAUAUGCCACAUUAGCAAGUCUUGUAAUCAUAAAGAGGUGCAGUGUUGAUAGACAUUUUAGACAUUUGGCGUGGAAAUUAUUACACAGGGACACCCAAAGUCAAUCUUAAAUGAAUCAUUGUUUAUUGCCAGCGUGCUGGAGAGUUUCCAACAAACUUAAUGAACCAAUAGUGAACGUUUGUCAGAAGCUCUAAUGGGGCAGUCCCGUUAGUUCUCUUAUAUACUGCAGACCAGUCAUAUUUGCAUGAUUUAGCUUAUUCAUAAUUAAUUCAUCAUUAACGUUUGCUUCAUUCAUGUGACCGACCAAUACUGGUUCAUGCAUGUGACAGACCAAUACCUCACAAGGCUUCUUCUCUAAGCUGAGACCUUGAAACUGAGAUAUCCUUUCGUUCUCAAAACAAGGUUCUGGGCGUACUGCCAAAUUGCAGAUACUGAUAGUGAGGAUUUGUUCAAUCAGUCACUUGCAUGAACACAGAAAUUUAUAAAUAGAAAAGCUCCAACAUAAAAUGUUCCAUCAUACAUUGAAUGUGUCCCAAAUGGUAAACUAUUCCAACUAUAGUUGUCACACUCUGGUUCUAGGACUUUUUGUGUUUAGUCAGGGUGUGUAGAUGUUCCGUGUUUCAGUCGUGGUACUGUGGACUUCACGAGUCGUCUUUUGUUUUGUAUUUCGGUGCUUUUUCAAUUAAAGUCAUGUUCGUUCAACGCGCUGCGCUUUGGUCUCCUUCACUCCUAGACGAUCGGGACAGAAAAACCCACCACAACGAGACCAAGCAGCAGUUGGAUAACGAGUGGUGGAGCCAGAAGAGCGAAGGUUGGGAGAGGACUAUGGAGGCCUGGUCCACCGAGAGGGGAGACCCCCAGAAAAUUUUUAGGGGGGGGCUCACGACGUCGGGGCAGAAGGUGUACGGCCCGGAGGAGUGCAAGAGGUUGGCAGAUAUGGCCGCCAGUUUAAGGGGGCCACUGGUUACGAAGGGGAUGGAAAGUGUGGAGGCACGGCGAGAGGUACUGGGGGGUGUUUCCAGUCCGGUCCGGCCCGUUCCUGAUCCCCGUGUAGGGCCAGGGGUGUGUGUCCCCAGUGCGGUUCUGUCUGUCCCUGCUCAACGCACCGAGCCUACGGGGUGCGUCGUCAGCCCUGUCCAGCCAGAGCCGUCCACCAGACAGGAUCAGCCAGAGCCUUCCGCCAGACAGGAUCAGCCAGAGCCUUCCGCCUGCCAUGAGCAGCCAGAUCCUUCCGCCAGCCAUGAGCAGCCAGAUCCGUCAGCCAGCCAUGAGCAGCCAGAUCCGUCAGCCAUCCAUGAGCAGCCAGAUCCGUCAGCCAGCCAUGAGCAGCCAGAUCCGUCAGCCAGCCAUGAGCCGUCCAGCCAGGAUCCGCCAGAGCCGUCCAGCCGGGAUCCGCCAGAGCCGUCCAGCCGGGAUCCGCCAGAGCCGUCCAGCCGGGAUCCGCCAGAGCCGUCCAGCCGGGAUCCGCCAGAGCCGUCCAGCCAGGAUCCACGCACCAAGCCAGGGGAGCGUGUCGUCAGUCCGGUUCCGGCCAGCGGGGCUAGGCAGGACCAGGGGUACUUUGAGGGGUUGGAGAGGAAGUGGGGAGCAAGCCCGGAGCCGGAGCCGCCGCCGAGGAGGAAUGCCCACCCAGCCCUCCCCUGUUUGCUUGUAUUUAGGCGCGGUCGCAGUCCGCGCCUUUAGGGGGGGGUACUGUCACACUCUGGUUCUAGGACUUUUUGUGUUUAGUCAGGGUGUGUAGAUGUUCCGUGUUUCAGUCGUGGUACUGUGGACUUCACGAGUCGUCUUUUGUUUUGUAUUUCGGUGCUUUUUCAAUUAAAGUCAUGUUCGUUCAACGCGCUGCGCUUUGGUCUCCUUCACUCCUAGACGAUCGUGACAAUAGUGCACUAUAUGGGUCAAAUGUAGUGCACUAAAAAGAGAAUUAGGGUGCCAUUUGGGACAGAGCCAUUGAGACAUUCAGAGGUCUUUGCUGUAGUCCAGUGUAAAGAAUGCUUAAUCUAACAGAUCAGCAAUUGGGAGACUAAACGGAACAUUCUUCUACGUUUUAAACAGCAGGCAUUCAUCCACCCGCCUUUUGAGAUGUAAAACCUGAGAAACCAAAUGAUAAGACUCACAUGAAUGCGCUAAAAAGAAAAGCUCAUUAAGUCACUGGCUUGGACUACGCAUAAUUAUACACAUUUUGACGUGUCAUGGUGAUGUGAGGCGAAAUCCCAGAAAUGGGCUUGUUGUUUAGGUCAUGGUGACUCUGAGGUUAGUAACUGUGACGGGGGAAAUAUCGCCUUCUGGGGCCUCUGACUGUUGUGGCGUGAUGCAUGGUUGUGAUUCUGCCACAUUGGGGGAGGUAAAGGGAGGGUGGGGGUGUCCUGUGAUCUGUCCCAUGACUGCAGAGGAUGUUGUCCCACAUUAUAAUGCCCCCCUUCCCACCUGCCCCACACACACACACACACACACAGGUCCCUCUGAAGGCCUACAGUCAGAUGUGUAACUGUAGCCUGUGUGUGUUUGUGUGUGUGUGUGUGUGUGUGUGUGUGUGUGUGUGUGUGUGUGUGUGUGUGUGUGUGUGUGUGUGUGCGCGCGCGUGUGUGUGUGUGUGUGUGUGUGUGUGUGUGUGUGUGUGUGUGUGUGUGUGUGUGUGUGUGUGUGUGUGUGUGUGUGUGUGUGUGUGUGUUGGCAGAUCGUUGGAGAACAGCUGUGUGAUGCUGUGGCUGCUGGUCCUUGUCCUGCCCGGGGUGGCAUGCAGCGCCCUGACCCAGAACCUUCUACAGCCAGACAACGACCACAGAGACGGUGAGUCACACGGCCCACUACAGACUGACCUCACAGUCCACUAGAUAGACUGUCUCUGUCGCUGUGUGUCUCUUUGUGUCUCUUUGUGUCUCUGUGUGUCUCCGUGGCUGUCUGUGGGUCUCUGUGGGUGUCUCUGUGGGUGUCUUUGUGUUUUCUCUGUGUAUCUCUGUGGGUGUAUCUGUGUCACUGUGUGUCUCUGUGUGCAGUAGUCGCAACAUUGCAGUCCAAUUGAUAUUGGAUUCUGUUUCUGCUGUUAUGGCGACAGGUAGUGUCAGGUAAAUUAAGUUAUUAGAAUGAUCUAUUGCUCAAUACAGAGAACUGGUCGAACUGCAAAGCUUCUUUCUCUUAAAUUUUUGAUUGCUAUGUUGUUCUGUCCAGCCUCCCGUUCCACUUCGUUUGGACAAAGGAGGUAAUUCCUGUCGUUCCAUGGGUUCAGUCUGUACGGUACCAGUUUGUUGUUUGUUGAGCUGCAUUCAGUUCAAGAGAAAGAUGUCUCAAUUCUCAGAAGUCGACACAGAGAGCCCAGUGUGCCUCAUUGAAUCAGCCACUGGCAUGCUUAAGACCAAGCGCCUUGCUGACGGCUCUCUCUUUAGACACGGUCCAGGGACUUCCGAUGCAGUUGUUUGUUCUUGUGGUGCCGAACAGUAUUCUUCCGUCCUGGUGUUGCCAGGUUUUAGUUAGUGCAUCACCAACACACAUGAUUAAACUAAUCAAGGGCUUGCUGAUUAGUUAAAUCAAUAAUUAGAUAACUAGUUCAAUUUAUAAUACAUUGUGUUUAUUCUAGGCUGUAAAACUGCCUCCACAGUCCACACCCUUGUCGACCAGGAUUGAAGAGAUGUUCUUAUUCAGUCACUUGGGUUUAUUAAGCAGCAUUUUGGUCCUUUCUGUGGAAAACAUUUCACUGAAACAAAAGCAAGCAGUGCUCCUAAUUCUGUUGUCUCGUUCCCCCUCCAGUCUGAGGAACAGAUGUGGGGCAGCCAGCUAUCCUGUCAUAGCGGACCCUGGUCGUCAGCUUGUCAUUUGUGCGAUACCACGCUCUGCGCUGCUUGUUCAGUGAAUAAACCAGAACAUGAGUUGAAAUUAUAUAUCAGGCCUACCUGCCUGCCUGCCUCCACAGACACAGCUACACUGCCUCUGCAGAGGGAGGAAGACAGCUGGUCUGGUUAAACCUUGAUAUCGGUUUACGGAAGCUACUGAAUAAUCAUAUGCUUAGCUGAGCUGCUGAGGUACCAGUUUGUUCCCAGUUGUUGAGCUAAGGUAACGGUGUGGCAUGUGGCAUAAGUCUCCCGCUGUGAUUUCUGAAGAGCUGCAGGGUACGUGGACCAGACAGUGUCGGACGCAGUAAAAUAGACAGCCAUCAUGUCCUCCUCUCUUCUCUCCACCAUCUUCCCCUUACAUGAGUGUAUCACCGUCAGAUAAUGUGUCUGCAUUCAAACUCAUUUAGGGGGAAGAUGGUGGAGAGGAGGACAUGAUGGCUGUCUAGUCUACUACGUCUUACACUAUAUGGUCUGUGUACCCUGCAGCUCUUCAGAAAUCACAGUGGGAGACUCAUCAUGAACAAUGUGACCAGUACAAUACAGUACAGUACAAUACAUUCCCUUUUGACAAAACAGAAGCUUGAUCAAGGACAGAGGGCAGGGGGGAACAAAUAUAGAAAAAGAAAAAAUGAAUGACAUUUUCAGUGUGCUUCAUUUAGUAAGACGUUGUUAGCUGAAUUGAUAUUAAAUUCAGCGGUGCUAAAAAUGCUAGUGUUGUUGAUGCACUUUGAAUACAAUAAUUAUGCAGUCAAGAAACCAAUCUUAAGACUUACUUUAUAUAUGUAUGUAUGUAUGUAUGUAUGUAUGUAUGUAUGUAUGUAUGUAUGUAUGUAUGUAUGUAUGUAUGUAUGUAUGUAUAAAUGUAAUGUAUGUAUGUAUGUAUGUAUGUAUAAAUGUAAUGUAUGUAUGUAUAAAUGAUGUAUAUGGCGUAGUUACAGUAAGUAUUAUGAUGGGUUGCCUAUGGUAUAUGUUGCAACACUACUACUGAAGUCAGUGAUGCUUAUCUGGUGGACAGGUCACAUGACUAAUGACCUUACUCUGACUGGACCCGUCUAAUUGGUCGAAGGUGUUCUGUAUCCUAACUAAUUAAGCACUGACCGUCUCUAAUUAGUGUUGUGGCUACUGCAGCUAAUAGUGGUAAUGCAGUGGAGGUAAGCUCUCACAGCACAGCCCCUCUAUGACCACAGUCAUAGCACUAAUACAGUGGAGGUACAGUAAGCUGGUCGUUCAUAGUCUAAUAUGUAGCGGAGGUAAGCUCUCAGCUGGUCGUUCAUAGUCUUAUAUGUAGAGGAGGUAAGCUCUCAGCUGGUCGUUCAUAGUCUAAAAUGUAGAGGAGGUAAGCUCUCAGCUGGUCGUUCAUAGUCUUAUAUGUAGAGGAGGUAAGCUCUCAGCUGGUCGUUCAUAGUCUAAAAUGUAGAGGAGGUAAGCUCUCAGCUGGUCGUUCAUAGUCUAAAAUGUAGAGGAGGUAAGCUCUCAGCUGGUCGUUCAUAGUCUAAAAUGUAGAGGAGGUAAGCUCUCAGCUGGUCGUUCAUAGUCUAAUAUGUAGAGGAGGUAAGCUCUCAGCUGGUCGUUCAUAGUCUAAAAUGUAGCGGAGGUAAGCUCUCAGCUGGUCGUUCAUAGUCUAAUAUGUAGUGGAGGUAAGCUCUCAGCUGGUCGUUCAUAGUCUUAUAUGUAGAGGAGGUAAGCUCUCAGCUGGUCGUUCAUAGUCUAAUAUGUAGAGGAGGUAAGCUCUCAGCUGGUCGUUCAUAGUCUUAUAUGUAGAGGAGGUAAGCUCUCAGCUGGUCGUUCAUAGUCUAAAAUGUAGAGGAGGUAAGCUCUCAGCUGGUCGUUCAUAGUCUAAAAUGUAGAGGAGGUAAGCUCUCAGCUGGUCGUUCAUAGUCUAAAAUGUAGAGGAGGUAAGCUCUCAGCUGGUCGUUCAUAGUCUAAUAUGUAGAGGAGGUAAGCUCUCAGCUGGUCGUUCAUAGUCUAAAAUGUAGAGGAGGUAAGCUCUCAGCUGGUCGUUCAUAGUCUAAUAUGUAGAGGAGGUAAGCUCUCAGCUGGUCGUUCAUAGUCUUAUAUGUAGAGGAGGUAAGCUCUCAGCUGGUCGUUCAUAGUCUAAAAUGUAGAGGAGUUAAGCUCUCAGCUGGUCGUUCAUAGUCUAAUAUGUAGAGGAGGUAAGCUCUCAGCUGGUCGUUCAUAGUCUAAUAUGUAGAGGAGGUAAGCUCUCAGCUGGUCGUUCAUAGUCUAAUAUGUAGAGGAGGUAAGGUGACAGCUGAGUUGACAUAGGAGUGUGUGUAGGGUAGGUUAGUGCUGGAGGGAACACCAUGGUAUUGAACCAACCCAGACACCGUGCUUCUACAUCUGCAUUUCUUGCUGUUUGGGGUUUUAGGCUGGGUUUCUGUAUAGCAUCUGCUGAUGUAAAAAGGGCUUUGUAAAUACAUUGUGAUUGAUUAAUUGACAGGGUAUGGUUGAGACUGGAACAGGAAAUACAUGCCACAGUAAGGUGAUUACUGCGUUGCCCUGGAGGCAAGGAAGGAAGAAAACCCAGAUCACAUGAACUGUAGAAGAUAGAACGCAGAGAGGAGGAACGUCUUCAGAGGCAUUGUUGUCCUUUUUCUAAAUCUAGUUUCCUCUACUUCCUGUUUACUGAUAUCUGCAGCUGGGAUUAGCCGGUGGGUAAUGGCUAUUCACUACAGUAACAGUGCUAGUUGCACACACCCACACCCACGUGCACACACACACACCCACAUGUACACACAUAUGCACACACACGUAUGAACACACACGUGAAAACACACACACACAUGCACACACACGUCACAUUCAGAUAGCUAAUCUCGCUCAGACAAUGAGACCCCACCCACAAACACUGGCAUAUAGCGCUACUGUAUGUUGACAUCAGAGGAGCAUGGUGGGAGGAGCUAUAAGAGGACGAAUGGAAUGGAAUUAAUGACACCGAACAUAUGGAACACACAUGUUUGAAUCCGUUCCAUUCUAUUCCAUUCCAGCCAUUACAAUGAAAGGAAAGGUAAAGGGGGAUACCUAGUCAGUUGUACAACUGAAUGCAUUCAACUGACAUGUGUCUUCCACAUUUAACCCAACCCGACAUCCACAUCAUCAAUGAGCCCGUCCUCCUAUCGCUCCUCCCACCAGCCUCCUCUGGUUGACAUACCAGUAUGUAUGUUGACUUGGUAUAUAGGCCCUCUGGGUGACAUACCAGUAUGUAUGUUGACUUGGUAUAUAGGCCCUCUGGGUGACAUACCAGUAUGUAUGUUGACUUGGGAUAUAGGCCCUCUGGGUGACAUACCAGUAUGUAUGUUGACUUGGUAUAUAGGCCCUCUGGUUGACAUACCAGUAUGUAUGUUGACUUGGUAUAUAGGCCCUCUGGGUGACAUACCAGUAUGUAUGUUGACUUGGUAUAUAGGCCCUCUGGGUGACAUACCAGUAUGUAUGUUGACUUGGUAUAUAGACUCUGUUUUCAUCUUGUUUGUUGUUGUCACAAAUAAUUAAUUACGUGCCUCAAACUCAUACUUAUGUAAAUAAGUUAUUUCUACAAAUGUUUUGCUUUGUCAUUGUGGGGUAUUGUGUGUAGAUUGAUGAGGAUUUUUAUUUAUUUAAUCAAUUUUAGAAUAAAGCUGUAACGUAACAAAAUGUGGAAAGAGGGAAAGGGGUCUGAAUACUUCCCGAAUGUACUGUAUGUGGGCCUCAAACACGGCCAAGCACCUAUGAAUAUGAAACACAUUAAGUAGACAGUUCCAAGUUCACAGCCAAUGUUAUAUCUAUCUAAAGUACAGAACAGUGUCUGUACUGUUAUACAGGCCUAUCACAUGUAGUCUAUAAGGCCAGUUUCCAGAGUGGUCCUGCUUUUCCUAGUAGGAUUUGUGAUUCUGAAGAAAUCCUUUGGCAAUGAACUUGCACGACGGAGGCACAAGGUUCUUUGCUUUUGUUUAAUUUGCUGACUGACUGAGAUUACUGGUCCAUUAAGAAGUACAGUAUGUAGUAGUACUUCUCAAUGGACCAGUAAUCUCAGUUAGUCAUUAGACAAUGGAUAGGUCAAGGCCAUGCCUGAUCUCUCUAGUGACCUCACCUCAUUGUAAGUCUCUCAACAUAUGUUACCUGGAUGCACCUCCACAGCAGGGAGUGUGAGUGUGUGUGUGUGUGACACAGUCAGUCUGUCACUACCGUAUUGCCUCAAAAACACUGUAUUUCCUGACAUAGGAAAUAAGUAGAACAUUAACUGUCAGCUGAACCGCAUUAUUCAAGACGGUCAUGUUCAAUAUCCUCAUAAAACUUGUCAUUGGUUAAUAGCCUCAUAAAACACAUCAUGGGUUAAUCAUAAAACCAAAACGUACUGUCUAUACAAGUUUUAUCUCAUAAGUGUCCACGUCACUGUAACUUACAUAACGUGCUUCUGCAAGGAAAUAAAGGGAUUGAAACAGUAACUGUUUGUUCCAGUCAGCCUGAGUGUCACUGUUGGGGAUGUAAUCCUUCUCACGAGGUCCUGCUGUUUGAUUUGGGGUCCAGUUCAAUUUCCUGCCGGCUGCUGCUCUCAACAACAGUCAUAAGACCAACCUGUAUAUUAGCCUCAACUUGUUUUUGGUGCAACUAGACACCCCCCUUCAGUGUGUGCACUUUGCUUUACAACUGUUCGUUUUUCAAACAUAUGAGAUCUCUGUUCAAGUUCAAUGACAUAAGAAUAUAAUAACUUCACAAAACACGUGUGUUCAAACUUGCUUAGUUUGAAUCACAUGGGGUUGUUCUGGCAUCCCCAUCCAGGCAAACUCACCUCACCCUUUGUGAGUUUGUAUAAUGGUUAACGGAUUAACCGUUUUUAGCAUUAGCCCAAAUGUCUUAAACCUGGAUUUGAGUUGCCCUGACAACCAAGGCACCUGAGAGGCCCUGUGAAAUGUUAAGAUGCUGACAUAUUAUAAAAUGGAUUAUUUUGAUAGCUGAAUAAUUUUGGCAUGUAUUUCUUCACGUUUACAAAUUGUUGAUCCCACGUGUAUUCAUGAAAAAAGUGCAUAAAAAAAUAUAUCGGUCUGUUAGAAACAAAACAACAGUGAAAUGCAGAUGUCAAUAGAGACGGUUGGGGUCAAUAACCUCUCAUUUUAUCCCCCAGGUGCUGUUGCCGUGAUGACCAGGCCCCACAUCUACUACUGCCGCUCGCCCAACAUGGAGGUUUUCACCUGCUGGUGGCAUCCCCUUGACAACAGCUCCGAGAGUGACGACAACGUCACCUACAGCCUCACCUACUCCAUAGAGUACGUACUAUUACUGUACAGUGCAUUCGGAAAGAAUUCAGACCCCUUGACUUUUUCCACAUUUUGUUACAUUACAGCCUUUUUCUGAAAUUGAUUAAAUCGUUUUUUCCCUCAUGAAUCUACACACAAUACCCCAUAAUGACAAAGCAAAAACUGGUUUUUAUAAAUGUUUGCAAAAAAAAAGAAAUAUUACAUUUACAUAAGUAUUUAGAACCUUUACUGAGUACUUUGAUGAAGCACCUUUGGCAGCGAUUACACCCCCGAGUCUUCUUGGGUAUGACACUACAAGCUUGGCACACCUGUAUUUGGGGAGUUUCUCCCGUUCUUCUCUGCAGAUCCUCUCAAGCUCUGUCAGGUUGGAUGGGGAGCGUCGCUGCACAGCUAUUUUCAGGUUCUCCAGAGAUGUUCGAUCGGGUUCAAGUCCGGGAUCUGGCUGGGCCACUCAAGGUCAUUGAGAGACUUGUCCCAAAGCCACUCCUGUGUUGUCUUGGCUGUGUGUUUAGGGUUGUUGUCUUGUUGGAAGGUGAACCUUCGCCCCAGUCUGAGGUCCUGAGCGCUCUGGAGCAGGUUUUCAUCAAGGACCUCUCUGUACUUUGCUCCGUUCAUCUUUCCCUCGAUCCUGACUAGACUCUCAGUCCCUGCCGCUGAAAAACAUCCCCACAGCAUGAUGCUGCCACCACCAUGCUUCACCUUAGGAGUAGUGCCAGGUUUCCUCCGGAUGUGACGCUUGGGAUUCAGGCCAAAGAGUUCAAUCUUGCUUUCAUCAGACCAGAGAAUCUUGUUUCUCAUGGUCUGAGAGUCAUUUAGGUGCCUUUUGACAAACUCCAUGCAGGCUGUCAUGUGCCUUUUACUGAGGAGUGGCUUCCGUCUGGCCACUACCAUAAAGGCCUGAUUGGUGGAGUGCUGCAGAGAUGGUUGACCUUCUGGAAGGUUCUCCUAUUUCCACAGAGGAACUCUGGAGCUCUGUCAGAGUGACCAUUGGGUUCUUGGUCACCUCCCAGACCAGCGCCCUUCUCACCCGAUUUCUCAAUUUGGCUGGGCGGCCAGCUCUAGGAAAGGUCUUGGUGGUUCCAAACUUCUUCCAUUUAAGAAUGAUGGAGGCCAAUGUGUUCUUGGGGACCUUCAUUGCUGCAGAAAUGUUUUGGUACCCUUCCCCAGAUCUGUGCCUCGACACAAUUCUGUCUCGAAGCUCCACAGACAACACUGGCAACUGUGGGACCUUAUAUAGACAGGUGUGUGCCUUUCCAAAUCAUGUCCAAUCAAUUGAAUUUACCACAGGUGGACUCCAAUCAAGUUGUAGAAACAUCUCAAGGAUGAUUGCUGAGUUUUUUUGUUGGUUUAAUCAAUUUCAGAAUAAGGCUGUAACGUAACAAAAUGUGGAAAAAGUCAAGGGGUCUGAAUACUUUCCAAAGGCACUGUAUAUAUACACACCAUGUACUAUAUACUGUAAAUAUUCACAGUACACACCUUAUACUCUCCUUGUUGCAGGAAUGGUAGAGGAUAAAAUCCUGCAUUCAUUAGAAAUCGCCUUGAAAUACUCUAAGAUUAAUUAUUAAUUUCAAGGCAUUUUCCCCCAAUAAAUACAGGUAUUUUGGUUCUGUCACAUCCUGUAGUAACCAUGCACCCUAAGAGACCGUCUUCAUUGAAUGAAAUGAGUUGAAUUGAAUUGAAUUGAAAUGACCAUAUCAUUCCUUUCUUGUUUGUCAAAGGAAGGGGCUGAGGCGUGAGUGUCCGGACUAUGUAACGGGCGGACCCAACAGUUGUCACUUUGACAGCAGCCACACGUCCGUCUGGACCAUAUACUGCAUGAACGUGAUGGCCAGGACUUCCCAUGGAGUAUUCAGCUCCAAGGACCACUGUCUGGACGUGGCUGAUAUAGGUACAGGGUGAUAUAGACCACUGUCUGGACAUGGCUGAUAUAGGUACAGGGUGAUAUAGACCACUGUCUGGACGUGGCUGAUAUAGGUACAGGGUGAUAUAGACCACUGUCUGGACGUGGCUGAUAUAGGUACAGGGUGAUAUAGACCACUGUCUGGACGUGGCUGAUAUAGGUACAGGGUGAUAUAGACCACUGUCUGGACGUGGCUGAUAUAGGUACAGGGUAAUAUAGACCACUGUCUGGACGUGGCUGAUAUAGGUACAGGGAGAUAUAGACCACUGUCUGGACGUGGCUGAUAUAGAUACAGGGUGAUAUAGACCACUGUCUGGACGUGGCUGAUAUAGAUACAGGGUGAUAUAGACAGUGCUUGUGCCCACAUAAAUAGACGAGGCACAUGCACGAGCGCAGGGGGUGGUGGGGGGGGGGGGGGUCCGCAGGCUGUUCCCCAAUGCUGGAAAGGGGGCCCCGAGUGAAAAUGUUUGGGAACCCCUGAUAUAGACCACCAGAGGGCUCCACACAGUCUGGAACGGCAUCCUGCUCCCUAGAUCAAAAACCGUCUCACUAAUGAUUUCUCUUGCCCCCCCCAAAAAAAACUUUUUUGUAAAAGAAAACUGUAAAAUCAGCAGGAAUUCAGCUAAAAAUGAGUUCCCAAGUAUUCCCACAAAUAAAAAAAGGCACAUAUGUGAUGGUGUCUCAAUGUAAUCAAGGUAUGAAAUUAUUGUUAUUUUCAAAUACAAUCUCUUUUUGGGCUUAGUUGUAGUCAAUUUGCAGUGUACAAAUUAUUAUAAGUAUUUUCCAGCCCCCAGACCAUUCGCUCUGAAAAAAGUCGUCCCGCAGCUAAAUCUAGUUGCCUACACCUGCCCUAGAUAGUGCGCUACUUUUGACCAGAACCUAUGGGGAAUAGGGUACUAUUUCAAUACACUAUAUAUGGAAUAGGGUGCUAUUUCAAUACACUAUAGUAUAUGGAAUAGGGUGCCAUUUCAGUACACUAUAUAUGGAAUAGGGUGCCAUUUCAGUACACUAUAUAUGGAAUAGGGUGCCAUUUCAGUACACUAUAUAUGAAAUAGGGUGCCAUUUCGGACGCAACCUAUGACUUUAGUGUUCACCCACUGUUGUGUCUGAUAUUUGUGAUGUCUCUUCCUGUGUGUCUGGUGUCGGCCACGCCUCCUCUCCCUGUUUGUGUGAUGUCAGCUCUUCCUCAUUUCAACCCAGUCCAAUGGGAGUUCGUCCCCUCCCAGCAGGGCACAUCUGAUCCCAUCAGAGUGAUGGCUGAUGGCUCUGUCCCCCUUACUUCUCCAUUAGUGAGUGCACUCUCAAAGCCGAUGGAAAGAGCACCCUGAUUUGUGUGUUCGUGUACACGUGCAUGUGAACGUUCAAUACUGUAUGUGCAUUGCUAACAGUCACCACUCAUGUCCAAAUGUGUGUGGGAGACGAUUGUGCUUCCAUAUGCACAGAGGAAAAUGUAUGCCCGCAAAAAUGUAUGCCCGCAUGACUGUAAGUCGCUUUGGAUAAAAGCGUCUGCUAAAUGGCAUAUUAUUAUUAUUAUUAUUAUUAUUAAAAUAAAAGCGUUCCUCACCAGGCUCUUGGCUUUUCUCAAGGUAACAUUAGAGAUAUGUCAUUCAGAACCUAUUCAGCAUCCCCUUCUUACUCUGAAAGCCCUUCCAAGUGGCCUUUCCCCAUUUCCAUUAUAAUUGAUAACCCCUUCAGGUACGAUUACCUCAGCAUGUUUGCUUCUCCUGUAUUGUCCCUCCACAUCCUGUUUGCUGUUCAUUGUGUAUUCUCCCCUCCCCCUGACUGCCAGGCUUUUCCUUUCACCGUCCUUCCAUCCCAUUGUUUCUCUAUUGACUUUCUUCCUCUUCUUCGCUCCCUGUGAAGCAUACGACCAUAAAAAGCCCACGCCAAGCUGCCAUGCAGUUUUCUCGGCUUCACCUCAAGACGCUUUCUUCCCUCUCUGUCCAUGUCCUAACACUCUCUCCCCUGUCUGUCUAUCUGUCUCUCUGUCUGUCUGCAGUGGAGACAGAGGCUCCAGUU